UAUGUCAGCUACAGUGAAGGAAGUGUUCGAGGAGAUUGCUCCAAUGGCAAGCUUUGCCCAUGGCAAGGUGACCGUUGUAGGAGUUGGUCAAGUGGGUAUGGCAUGCGCAUACAGUAUUCUGCAGCAGAACAUCGCCAAUGAAAUCAGUCUUGUGGAUGUUUUGAUGUUCUUACCUACGUCACAUGGAAAAUCUCUGGACUGCCUAAAGAAAGAGUUUUCGGAUCUGGAACAAACCUUGGCUCCGCUAGAGAAGAACUUAAAUCUACUUGCAGUUGCUGUUUGGUCUGGGGUGAAUGUUGCUGGAGUGAACUUAUCGAAUGUGAAACCAAAUAUCGGUGCGGAAGGUGACGACGAGCAUUGGGAGGAGGAUAUUCAUAAAAAAGUCGUAGAUAGUGCGUACGAGAUCAUCAAGCUGAAGGGUUAUACUUCUUGGGCCAUCGGUCUUUCUGUUGCUAAAAUUGUCCAGUCUAUCAUGACCAAUUCCCGCAAUGUUUUUGCGCUUUCCACAAACGUCAAGGGCUUCCAUGGAAUUAAGGACGACGUCUAUCUUUCCCUACCAGUUGUGCUUGGAUCAAACGGCGUUACCCAUGUUGUGAAACAAAAUUUGAGUGCAUCCGAAGUAAAGCAGUUCCAUAAAAGUGCAGAAUCGUUGCUGAAAGUGCAGAACGAUCUCGUGAUAUGAAG